AUGGAAAUUGUUCGAAGGAAGAGAGGGUUUCAAGCUCUUCUCCCGCUUCUUCUAUCUUUUUUCAUUGUUGUUUUCCCCCAAAGAUCUUUCGCCGUUUCGAGUUUAAACUAUACAAAAUAUAGACAAGUAGGGAGUCUGAGACUUGCAAGGAUACAGAGGUAUUUGGAUCAGAUUAAGAAGCUUGCUGUCCUUACCAUAGAGAGUCCAGAUGGAGAUAUCAUAGAUUGUGUUCAUAAAGGAAAACAACCAGGUUUAGAUCACCCUCUUCUAAAGAAUCACAAGAUCCAGAGAGUUCCACCAGAAAGGCCCAAGAUGAGAAUGAUUAAAACAAAUGAGGUAAUAGUAACCAACAGGAACAGUGAUGGAUUUAGAGGUGCAUGGCAAACGUGGCAUCAGAAUGGGCUACGGUGUCCCAAGGGAACGGUUCCAAUUCGGAGGAGCACAGUGCAUGAUGUUUUGCGAGCCAGGUCUCUUUAUGAGUUUGGCAAGAAGCAGCGUUCAAUAGCGGUCGCUAGACGCAGAGAUGCACCAGAUAUAAUGAGUGGCAAUGGCCAUGAGCAUGCGAUAGCAUACACUGGAACGACACAAGAGGUGUAUGGAGCGAAGGCGACAAUAAACGUGUGGGACCCUUCCAUAGAAGUGGUCAACGAGUUCAGCCUCUCCCAGAUUUGGAUUCUUUCUGGAUCAUUCGACGGCUCAGAUCUGAACAGCAUAGAAGCUGGUUGGCAGCUUAAUCGUGAAGGUAGCAUGAUUUUUACCCAAAAACGAAAAAUCAAUGAGGUGGUGAGAAGGGAAAGAGUGAACAUGGCUUGUGUACUUCUUAGUGACGCAUAUCAGACAACAGGAUGCUACAACCUUUUAUGUGCAGGAUUUGUGCAAACAAAUAGUAGUGUGGCCAUCGGAGCUGCCAUUUCUCCAGUGUCCUUACUCAACAACAAUCAAUAUGAUAUCACCAUCCUUAUUUGGAAGGAUCCAAAGCUUGGGAAUUGGUGGAUGGGUCUUGGAGAUAACACAUUGAUAGGAUAUUGGCCAGCAGAGUUGUUCACACACCUAGCAGACCAUGCCACCAUGGUGGAGUGGGGUGGUGAGGUGGUGAACUCAAGGGCCAAAGGUGAGCACACAUCAACCCAAAUGGGCUCUGGCCAUUUUGCCCAAGACGGGUUUGGAAAAACUAGUUACUUCCGUAACUUGGAGAUUGUGGAUUCUGAUAAUAGUCUUAGCUCAGUGCAAGACAUAUCGACCCUCACUGAAAACAUAAAUUGUUACAACAUCGAGAGCUCCUACAACAGUGAAUGGGGCACCCAUUUUUACUACGGGGGACCAGGGAACAACCCUCAGUGUCCAUGAUGAUUCUUUACCAGCCAAAUUCUUCUUUUUUAUUCAAAAUUGUAUGUAUUAUGUUGUGUCCACUCUUGUUUUGGCUAGUUCCCCAUUUGUUUUUAUAUCCAUGAUGUGAGAAAGCGAUGUAUGUGUAAAUAAGACUAAAGCAUCAAACA